AUGGCUGAACAGGAUGAUUCAGACUUUACCGCACUUCCCUUAGGGGAAAGGGCAGUACAUAAACUUUGGAAAGCGCGAAUGCAUGCUUACCAAGAGUUGAACUCCCUGUUUCAAAAAUCUUCUACCAUGUCCGUCUCACCAGAUGUAUCUAAGUACUGGAUCAAUCCGGACCUCUUUGCCACUUACAUUACUGAUUCUAACGUGGUUGCGCAAGAACAAGCAAUAUUAGCCUUAAAUGCACUUCUGGAAUAUGUUACUGAAUUACCAGCUAUUCCUAAAUCAGAAAAUUUACGGUUGACAUGGAUUCCCCUUCUUGCAGAAAAAGGGCUUGGUUCGUCACGUCCCAAUACGAAGAAUAAAACAAUUGAGUGUAUUCUGCUUUUGGUAUCGCUAGAUUCCAGUGUACAACAGACAAUCGAACUAAUCGAGCCUUUUUUUUCUAAUAAACUACCGAGACUUGUUGCUAGUUGUGUUGGUUGCAUUAAUACCAUGAUUGAAUCGUUCGGGCUGAUUAACAUAAACAACAUGCAGUCAUUCCUUCUACAGCUCUUGGAACCCAUCCCCAAAUUAUCAAGCCACGCCGACCGGAACGUCCGUUCAAACACAAUGAAUCUAAUUCUCGAAAUCUAUAAGUGGAUUGGCCGUGACCUCUUACAAGACCUAUUACUGGAAAACUUGAAGCCAAUUCAGCAGCGUGAUCUCGAUAAGAUGUUUCAAAAAUAUGAGGGCACAAUCCCACCACAGUCGCAACCGAAGCUGUUUCAAUGGCAAAAAGAUCUAGAGAAAGAAGCUCAAGAGUCAGGCCCUGAUAAGGACGGAGAUACUUUGAUGGGAGAUCAAUUAUCAACUAUACCAUCUAAGGCUGAUGCUGAUGCAUUGGGCUCGCAAAUCGAUCCAUUCGACAUUCUGCCCUCAACGUCUAUUUUGGACAAAUUUCCUGAAGAUUUUCAGACGAGGAUAUCAUCCAGCAAGUGGAAAGAUCGAGUUGAGGUUUUAGAGGAAAUUCUGAAUAAUUUAUUAAUCCCCGCAAAAAAGCUACAAUCAAAGAACCAAGAUUACUCUGAAUUUCUGAGAAGCUUAAGCCACGUUAUCCAGAAAGACGCCAAUGUCCAAGCGGUUACAAUAGCAGCAAUACUUAUUCAGCAAUUGUGCCUGAAGCUAAAAUCUAAUUUCACCAAAAGUUACGGUACUAUUGUACUUGAUCCUCUUCUAGAAAGAACCAAGGAAAAGAAGCCCUCAGUAAGUGAGGCUAUUUGUGCCGCCUUAGAUUAUAUAGCUGAAGUCUGUGGCAUUGACGAGUGCUUGGAAGAGACUCUUAACCACAUGAAGCAUAAAAUCCCCCAAAUUCGCAUGGAGUGCACAAAGUUCUUGACGAGAAUGCUCAAGACAUGGAAGCCACAAUCACGAAAUUUACAAGAUGAAUUCGUUAUAAAGAUGAUACCUGAUAUGUCAAUCGUAAUUUUAAAGAUUGUAAAUGACACGCAACCGACUAUUCGGGAGACUGGUUUCGAAUGUCUCGCCACACUGAUGAAACUAGUAGGUGAAAGGGAAGUUAGUGAAACACUUGAGAAACUCGAUAAUCUGAAGCGGAAGAAAGUCUAUGAAUAUUACGAGAAAGUUGAAGUCCUCGGAAGCUUACAAGAACGGCCGCCCACACGUUCAGCUACAAUGGAAAUGGUGCCAAGCAUCAAGAGUUCCAUCAGCACAAAGUCUUCACCAAUAGCCAACCGGCCCGCUAACCUGAAUAGAGGCAAUCUCCCGUCCUUACGCAAACCUUCAUCUACGCUACCUUCCAAGAGAGGUCCAACAUCCCCACUUCGUACCGAAAAAACAUUUGAGAGUCCUCAAAGUGCGUACUCACGUUCGAAAUCCAGAUUGACGACUCGCUCCUUAACCACAGAAUCGGCAUCGACAUUAAAUCACAGGGCAGUUAACCUUGAUAUUGAGCUUGAUGAUCUAAGAAAACAAAAGCAGAAGUGGCUAAAGGAGCGUCAAGAAAUCUUGGCCAAGUUCGAUAAUUUCCAGACGCGCACUUCCCAAUUAAGUGAAGAAAACACAAUGCUACAGCAGCAAGUCAGCAAUUUACAAUCGAGUUUACAUGAAAAAACACUAGAACUCCGUUCGAAGGACUUGCAGGUGGCACGCUUACAGGAUCGUGUCUCUGCGCUCGAAACAGAGCUGGAAGCUAGCUCGAGGUUACCCUCAUCCAAUUACGGGGUAAGAUCGGUUUCCUCAGAAAGGCCAUCUUCUGGUGGAUUGUCUCAUCCUAUUCCCGGCACACCACCACCUCGCUUUACAAACUUUUCUGCAGAUAGGCCCUCUUCCUCAUUGAGUAUACAGAAUAGGCCUUCGUCAUCAGGUGCCCCUGCAUCUGAUGUUAAUGAAAAAUUCUCUCCAGUAACUUCAAGAAGGUUUAGGUCGCCAAGCGAGUCAAGUGACGAUUUACCGCAUAGAGUUAAUUCACUUCAGCUGAACUCUGCCGACAAAUCCCAAGGAUUAAGUAGCACAUUCGUCAACGACGAAAGCUGGAGACGGGCUGCAGAAGUGACAUCUCAACUUAAAGCGCGCAUUGAAAGGAUGAGAGCAAAGACGAGGGGAAUGAGUAGUGAGAUGCGUUAG